CAUAUAUCUUCUCUCCCACAUUUGUUGGUUAUAGGGACUUGCUUAUUUAUACCAUCAAAGUAAUCUUCCUCAAUCAUCCAAUCUCUUACAACUUCUUACUCUAACUAAUGGCUUCCUCAAGCAUUAGUGCCAUUACCAAAGGGUCACAACAAUAUCCAUUCCCUUCUAGUUUAAAUGCUGCUGCCAGCUUUGUGUCUAUAAAGUUGUCCGGUAAGCAUAACUAUGCAGGAUGGCAGGAACAGAUGCGGUGUCUUCUCGAUAGCCAUGAUAUGCUCGGUUUUAUCGAUGGGGGAUUCUCGGAGCCUAUGGAAUGUAGUGGUUCUAAGAGGAUGCUAAACAUCCCCGCUUUUGAGGCUACGCAUAGAAAAUGGAAAAGGUCGGACACCCUAGUGAAAGGAUGGAUAUUCGGCUCCUUGAGUGAAGAUGUCAUGGAAACUGUUGUCGGUCUCCAAACAGCGUAUGCUGUUUGGAAAAAGCUAGAGACAAAUUAUAAUACUCCGCCUGCAGAAGCUCCAGCUCCUAUCGCGAAGGCUAACGCAACCUCCGGGAAAAAAAGUGUGGGGGAAUACUCCCAACUAUGUAGAGCUAUUCAACAGAGAAACCUGCCUAAAACUAAAGAGCUUUUGAGAAACGACUCGGAUGCAUUGAUUGACGUACUCAACGUUGACGGGGAGAGGGCACUACAUCUUGCGAUUCUCGAAAGUCAUGAGGAUAAAUUUGAUUCUUCUCAUCACGGUUUUCUAAAGAAACUCCUACAUGACAUAAAAGAUUCGGAGAUACUUCCGAGUCUAGUGAAUAAUAAACAGCAAAACGCGUUGCAUUACGCUGCAAUGCUUGGCGACAAAAGAGUUGCAGAGAUGUUGGUAAAGAGAAACCCACACUUGUUAUUCUGUGUCGAUAGCGACAAGUUCUUGCCUAUCACCAGAGCUGCUUUUCAUUCUCACAAGGCUACUUUUACUUAUCUUCUUAAAGAGUGUAGAACACAUAUUAAGCUUAGCGAAAAGGAUAGAUACCACAAUCCAUUUAUCGGCGAAAAUGGAGUUUUGCUCAUCACCACUACAAUCUGCUCUGGAUUUUUGGAUGAUGCAUAUUCCUUGCUCCAAGAGCAUCCUGAACUGGCUACACUAAAGGUCCCUGGUACUAUGGGUCUAUUAUGGUGUAUUGCGCAAAAGUGGGAUGCAUAUCCGAGUGGCAAACGAUACAACAUCUACCAAAGAUUUGUUUAUCGCAAUAUCGUUACAAAGGAUCGCAGGAAUUAUGCAUGUAUCAACAGCUUUAACUCCCAUGAUGAAAUUCGCCUCACAUACAUGGAGAAAUACGUCUACCCUGUCGCCAACUGGAUUUAUGUCAGACUCUGGAGAUUGGCAAUUCAGAAUGUGCCACAUAUUACGAAACUACACGAGGAGAAAGUGAAACAUAAUAGAGCUUUUAUGAUUCUCAAGCGUAUAUGCGUUGAAGUUAGUAAACUAAAGUCAGGUACUUCUGAUCAUUAUGGAGAUGCAUUUCUUGUCGCGAUGGAAAAUGAUACUCCAGAGGUACUAAGUAUGAUCAUCGAAACUUUCCCACAGUCAAUGUGGACUAGUGAUGUUAAUGGUUAUACUGUUUCUCAAAUUUCAAUAAUGAACCGUUGUGAGAAAGUUUACAACCUUUUGGUAAAUAUGAUGGUUCUUCGCAAAUUUUCUCAUAAAUCAAUUAUCGACAAAGAUGGAAAUAACCUCUUGCACUUGGUUGGGAAAUUGGCACCUCCACACAAAAUCAAUAGGGUUACCGGUGGGGCAUUACAAAUGCAAAAGGAAUUACAAUGGUUUCAGGAAGUGAGAGAAAUAUUACGUCCAGAGGACAUGGAAGAGAGGAACAAAAACAAAGAAACACCAAUGAUGGUAUUCAGGAAAGAGCACAAGGAUUUGAGACAAAAAGGUGAAGACUGGAUGAAAAAAACGGCGGAUUCAUAUACUAUCACAGCUGCACUUAUUAUCACAAUGGUUUUUGCAGCGGCUAUUACCGUACCAGGUGGGAACAAUGGGGAGACUGGGCAAGCAACUUAUAGAGAAAGUCUCAGCUUCAUCAUAUUUGUUGUCUCUAAUGCUAUCUCAUUAUUCACAUCCACCACGGCCUUGUUGUUGUUUCUAUCCAUUCUCACGGCACGUUAUGCGGAUGAUGAUUUUCUCUACAAGUUACCCAAGAGAUUAAUAUUUGGCCUUGUGAUGUUAUUCAUAUCAGUGUCCGCCAUGAUGAUAGCCUUCAGUGCAAGUUUAUAUAUUAAUUUUGAACAUGACAAGCCAUGGGUCUUGAUCCCAAUCGCUGCAUUAACAUGUCUACCAAUUGCUUCAUUUGCAACAUUGCAGCUACCAUUGCUUGUUGUUCUCAUCACUUCAACAUAUGGGCGUGGAAUAUUCCGUAGGAGCAUGCUUAAGAUAGAAGCUGCCGAGUUUAAUGAUUUAGUUCCAAAAUAGGAUAGAAUCUGCUAGCAAUGCAGAUGUAUGUGAUGUUGCAUCUUUGAUUUGGUUAAAAUUUGGAGCUAAAGAAUAUUUGUAACAUGUAUAAUUAGAUCCGCAAUAUGUAAAUCAUCAAAUCCUUGUGAUUCUUGGUGUUUUAAUGUUGAUUUCCACUAUUCAAACAAAAUAAAAAA